GGGACCUACACGGCAAAAUCAGCAGUGUCUGGAUCUUGCUCUGCUCUAUCGGCCAUGGUACCCGAGCUUCCAUGAACAUGGCGACUCCCAAUAAUCAAACCCUUUAUUUUAGUCAAUAUAAUAAUUUUAAAUUAAAAAUUAUAUGUAUGUAUGCAAAAGCAUGUCUGAACGUAUGUAUGUAUGUAUGUGUGAUGCUAUGCAUCAGUGAAGGUCAAGCAGAUGGGGAUUCUAUCUCCUUUGAUUGAAUCUUGAACUUCCUCGAGGACCCAUUUUUCUCUUUUGAAGUUCAAGCAAAUAAUCGAAGCAGGGAGCGAAGCCAGAAGCUGGAAAGAGACAUGGUGGAUUCAAAAGGGUUGCUGAAAUUUGUGAAAUAUGUCUUUUACGCCAUCUUCUUCCCCCCUGUAUUUAUAUUUCUCUUUUUUCUGGGCUGUGUCAAAGCUGCAAUAUUCAGUCCCUUCGUGUUUUUGGUGAUUGCGUUUGGGGACACAGGUGUAGUUAUGGGGCUAUGGCCACUUCAUCUCGUUUGGAGUAUCUACUGCAUAGCAAGAACGAAGAGGUUUGGUCCGUAUCUGAAGUGCCUAUUGAUUCCUCUAGCCCCAAUACCGAUUGCAUUGUGGACGGUUGUGGGGGUCCUUGGGAGUGUGAUUAUGGGAAUUGGGUAUGCAUAUGUUUGGCCUGUGAUGGAAACAUUCAAGGCGAUUAGCAAAGAAGGUGCUUCGAUUCCAGAGAAGUUCAUCAGAUGCUUCACGGAUGGUACUUGCAGCAAUGUUUGGGGUGCCUGCACGAUCGUCCGUGACUUUGCUGAUUUUUCCUUCCAUUCCUACUUCUCGGUGAUGGAUGAGCUGAUGGAUUCUAAAGGAGAGAAGCCUAUAGAACUCAAGGUCACUCAGGUACCAGGAUGUAUUUUGUGUGCCAUUCUAGGAGUUGCAGUUGAUGUGCCUUUUAUUACUUUAAUAGUGCUGUAUAAAGCUCCUAUCUUUCUAUUCAAAGGAUGGCAUCGCUUGGUACAAGAUCUCAUAGGAAGGGAAGGCCCCUUCUUGGAAACCGUUUGUGUCCCUUUUGCUGGGCUUUUGAUUUUGUUGUGGCCAGUUGCAGUUCUUUUAGCCAUUUUCGCUGGAAUUAUGUCGAGCUUCUUGUUUGGAUUUUACGCUGCUGUUGUUGCAUAUCAGGAAAGUUCAACAAAGAGAGGACUGCUCUAUGUAGUUGCUUCUGUGUCCUUGUUUGAUGAGUCAACCAAUGAUUUCCUUUACCUAAGAGAAGGAUCCUGCUUUCCAAGACCUAAAUAUCGUCAAGGAGCUACUUCCAGUUCACCAUUGCUCCCUGUGAAGGGAUUGCACGAACAGCUUGAUGCUGUUCGUUCCAGAGAACCUCUGUCAAGGACAUCUUCCCAGAAAAUGACGGCUCUAAGUGCUAUUGAGAUUUUGGAUCACUUCUUCAAAACGUUUGGGCAAAUUGGGAAAGAACUUCUUAGAAAUGAAGCUAUUGGGAUUGCGGACCUGGAGGCGUGGCAGCAUUCAAAGAACAAGAUAGUUAACAUAGGAAUACCAGCUUAUGCAUUUCUGGAGUGCUUUAUUUGCUCUAUCAAAAGUGGUUCCCCUGGAAUUCUCAUGCGUGACAAUGUUGAAAUGACAAGUUUGAAUAGACCAGAGGGAAGAGUUUUCGAUUGGCUGUUUGAGCCCAUGGUUGUCGCAAAAGAGCAACUUAGGAGUCUAAAAUUAGUUGAGACUGAGGAGUUGUACCUUCACAAAUUUUGCCUAUACAGCGGUGAUAAUGUAAGAAUUGAAGCUUGGCAGAAUGGUGGCUUUCCUCCACAGGAUGAGAUUAGAAGAGCUCAGUUGGAGGGUAUUGGGAGAAGGUUGCAAGGAUUUUGUUUGACACUCUCAAGGCUGCCAACAUCCAGGCGCCGAUUUUUUGAAAUAUUGAAAGAAAUGCAGGAAGAAGCAAGGCAGCAAUCGUAUGGUUUUGGUGCUGGCGAUGAUUUAGGAGCGGCAGUGUAGGGCAAUUUUUCAUUUGAUACGGUAUCAUUUGAUUGUUUGAAGGGUUCUCAUAUUGCUUUCACGCAUUUUGUUGUCUUGACUCUUGUAAAUCGUGUAAUUGUUGGCGUCUUAUCACAACUAUUCUAUUUAUACAUUUUCAUCCCUUUUAGGUUUCUGCAUCAUUUCUAACUCUAAUUUAUUAUGAAUUUCCUUCUGAAAUGCAUUGAGAAA